CAAAGAGUGGGAUGCUGAUGGUUGAAGGAUGGAUACAAAGCCAAAAUCAUCUUAUAAAUAGACUAUGCGGACUUCGUAAAAAUGUACCUCGGUCGUGCAAAAAAGACGAUUGAUCAAUGUGAUCAGAAAGAAUUCGAAGAUAAGAAAAGAAAACACUUAGAACGUGAGAAAAUAGGUAAAAAUGAAGAUAUUACAGCCAACGGCGAAGACUUUAAACCGGACGAGUUACCGGAUGGUGCGUGUUUUCGGCUUAAAUCUGUCAGCAUGGGACCUGAAGAUUCUACUACUGCCAUUAGAAAGGCAGAGUACAUCGGUUCAUUCUCUGUGAAUGGGGAGGAUCAAUCAACCAGGACAGAGUUUGUUCAACAUCAGCUGGCGAAUAUGCAUAAAGUGGAGAAGAGCAAGAAAGUUCUGCUGGUAAUUUCCCUGUCUGGAGUGAAAGUUUGCAGCAGCUCAGGGGAGAGUGUGUACAUGGCUCAUGCUCUCAAACGGAUCUCCUACGCGGCCUGUGACCCGGAGCACUGCCAGUUUGCAUUCCUGGCGAGGGAACCGAAGGGACACAUCAAGAUACAGUUCUGCCAUGCAUUCAUCACGCAGACACCAGAGGAGGCUGAAGAACUGAAUACGAUCAUCGGCAAUGCGUUUAAGAUGGCAUACGCCAAACAGAAGACGAGCCAGCAGCCGACAUUCAACGAGCUUAUAGAGCGUCAGCUGGCCGAGCAGCGCGCCAAGUUUGACUCAUACCAGGAGCAGGCCUCGCGCGCGCUCGCGCAGCGACUCAAUGAGAUCGCUACUCCCACUGCGGCUCAGCGCAUGGAGAUGCGGCGCCAGUCAAGCGCUGAUGACCUUUUGACCUCUGGGCCGAGUACACCAGCGACGUCUGAGAAGGACUAUAUUUUGGAGAAAACCAAAGUUUGGGCCAAGCAUGCGGCUGACAAGGUCCAGCACUGGUCUCCAGCAAAACAUUUCCCCAUCCAAAGUGAUGCCCCUACAUUCAGCAGUUCCUCAAGGGUAUCAAACCACCAACAGCAGACAGCUUCAUCAUCAACAGCGACAGCAUCGCCACAACAUAGCAAUGCACUGAGACGAUCAGACCCCUCCUAUUCCAUGACAAAACGCAACUCCAAUCCUGUUCAGCUGACGCCAACAAAACAGAGUGCGUCAACCUCACCGAAGAGAAACUCCACUCCACCCCUGUCAUCGCUGCACAAUUUUCAAGUGGUGACGAUUCGGGAAUCGUUGGAAAAUAAUGUGAACAAUUCCAACAGGUUCAAAGGGUCACCGGUGACGGCCCUGAAAGAUGAGAUUGAUAGGAGGUUUUCUACGAGUGGAGGCCUAGGGAAUCUUGGGACCCUUGAUUCGGGGCUGGGGUGGGGUCUUCUUGAUCAGCUGGAUGGUGGGUCCCAGCACACAUCACCUCAGCAUCAGCAUCACUAUGGCAACAUGGACCUGAGCUUGACCCCAAGCCCAUUGAGGAUGCAGAACCGUCCCCUACCUGCCAUCCCCGCUGAUCCGCUGUCCGUGGACUUCGUGGACCAUCGCGCCAGUCCGAAGCUCCGUAACUGGACCAGCAUAGAUGAUGAGAUUAUUCAAAACCAGUCUAGAUCCUCCGGGCAGUCUAGACUCAGAGACAGUCCAAAACGGCGACCGCAAAGACCACGAAGUGAGGUGAUCUUUGACUCGAAGUUUACGGCUAUUUCCGAGAACGGGUUCGACCAGACUGGUGUGUAUAUAUAUGGCUAUAAGCCACACAGUGAUACUUUUCAGAACGGCUCAGACCAGUAUAAUUUCGGUCAAAGUAAUGCGCACAAUACUCAAAGAACCAGCCCACACAUUUCGCCUCAUAAGAUGCCUAUGCAAGGGAACCAGCAAAGGGAGACAACUGUGCAGUAUUCAGUUAGGAAAGACAACUGUGACAAGGCUUGUUCCUCCCCCAAGGAAGGCUAUUCGGUGCAUUCAGGGUAUGACAACAUGCGCAGUGUGACAAAUGGGAAGGUCUCCUCUCCCCUACACUUUCAGAAUCACACCACUGGUGAGCCAGUAGAAGGAGUUUGUAGCACACCGAAGAAGGAGAAGAGAAGUGGGUUGGAGUCCCUGAUGGGUCUUGACAGGAGCCACAUAGAGGACGAGACACUACGCAAUGCCUUGUGGUACCAGGCCGGUAUACCCAGGGAUGUUGCCCUGGAGAUCCUAUCCCAGGAAGACAUCGGCUCCUUCAUUGUGCGAGACAGCUCCACCCAUCCAGGCUGUUUUGCCCUCUCCGUGCGGGUGCCGAAGUUCUCCAACCCAUCCGGAAUCUCACACUAUCUUAUUAUGAAGACUGCAGACGGUGUUAAGUUAAAGGGCCUGGACAAGGAGUGGUCCAAUGUGGUAUCGCUGGUGACGCACCACAGCAUCAUGGCGGAGAUGUUACCCUGUACGCUGAAGGUGCCGCGUGACACGACCAACCCUGCCUUCAAGAACUGUGAUAAGGACGACAAGGAGGAGGACCCGGACUACCAAAGGCUUGCAGACUUUUCUUCCAUGAUGGAGGCCUUGAAAGAGUGACCUCGGACAAAAAAGACAUUUAAACGCAACUUUAAGAAGUUAAGGCAACUUCGGAAAGUGGAGCACCUUGAAAUUGUGUCCUUUGGAAAAAUUGAACUUGAAAUGGUGACCUUGAAACUGGAAAUGAGAAACUUUUAGCUUUGAAAAUAACUGACCUUCAUGCUUUGUUCCGAAAACAUGGUCAUUGAGAAAGUGACUGUGGAGGCUAUGUCCUUUUGGUUUUGUCCUUGACUGUGAGAUUUGGCCCCUUAAAACAGUAACCUUGAAAUAGGUACUUGAAGGAGUGACAUUCAAAGAGCAGCCUUGAAACUUGGGGCUUCAGGCCUUUACAGAAUGACAUUUAAAUAGUCACAUUUGAAGGGAUAGUCUUGAAAAUGAACCCUGAAAAAAUGAUAUUCAACAAAUAAUUUGGAGACGUAGAUCUUAAAGUGGUUAACACUGCAUAAGUGACUCUGUGAAAAAGGGGCUUCAUUAGUGACAGGGAAAAUGAGGCAUCAAGAUUUGAAAUCCAAUUCACAUGAAGAUACACAAAAUUCGUUUGAUGAAAAGUUGUGUCAGUGGAAAUUCAAUGUCAUAAGAAAUUAAUUGAUAAUUAGCCUUAAUAUUGAAUUUAGGCAUCGGAAAACGUACCAAAGAACAUGUGAUAUCUGCCAACAGCUUGCUUUUAUAGACUUAAGUCAAGGGAGAAAACUGUUAAUUAUUCAAUCAUUAAAGGGAAGUAAUGUGAAUACAGAUUUAACUGUGCAGUGCUUGCAUAAGCUCCCUUGAACCAAGUGUAGAUAACUGGUCUGUGAUAUUCGUUGCACAAAACUUACGAGUCAGAUUUCGAGAGCAUGGAGGAUUUCUCGUCUAAAAAAUAUAGUAUUUAGCAAAUUUUUGGAGGCAACAAUCUCUUAAAUGUGGUUGAACUGACAUUUUGAGAUGAAAAUGUUAAUUGAUGAUUGCUUUGCAUGUUAUAUUGUGCAAAAUUAGUCUUCAUGAUUGAAUGACUUAAGUGGUUAAAAAAUAAACAUACUGUAGGUUUGUCUUAGAAGCACUUUUUAUAUUCAUACAUAAUAUAAUGUAUUGAAUACUUGUGUUAGAAGUCGAAGAUCAAUUAUAUUUUGUCAGUCAUUAUAUCAGUGUAAUUGCUUUCAAGCAAUACCAGUAUUUGUUGUUUGACAUGUCAAUAGAAAUAUUUAUGUAUUGUGUAUUCUAGUCAAAACGUCUUUGCAUAUAUGUUCAAUAAAUAUUUAAUGUUUGUAUAAGGGUUGCCAUCAUUAAAUGUAUAUACGUUGUAUAAACAUUGUACGAAGAUAUCAUGCAGAUUGUAUUUGUUUUAAACAUGGCAUAUCAUUAAAAAAAAAUUACAAGUUAAUAUAUUUGUUAAGUAGUUAUCUAGGGGGAUUAAACCAUGGGGUGGGUUUAAAGGAUUCUAUAGAAGUUUAUUUGUAGUAAAUCUUCAGAUAUAGUGUACUGCCACAUCGCCGUUCAUUGAAAAUGUUUUUGUAAAUUAAACUAUUAAAUUUACCAUUGACAUUGCAUAGUAUUUUACUGUCGCACAAAUAUGCCACUGUUACGUUUACCUUGUUAGGGUUAUUUAGGAAGAAUAAAACUGAUGUUUUUGAGAUUGUUAGUUUCAUUGUUGCUGUGAAUAUUAAUUUCGUUACAUAGCAUUGAUUACAAUUCAUGGUUUAAUGAUUUUAGUUUGAGUUUGGAAUGGACUAUAAAUUUUGAAGAGUUGGAAAAGAAUUUGUGGUUAUUAAUUCAAAUAGUUGAUUUUAAUUAUGCUUAUUUUAUCACAAACAUUGGUUUUGGCAGUCAAAUAUGAAAUCUUUUUUUAGCUGAUAAUUAUUUGAGUUUUGUUGUUGUUAUUUUUUAUAACAAGAUAGCAACAUUUUUUUCAGUUGAAUGUCCAAGAUAAAUAAGCAUAUUUACAUCCAUAAUUACAUCUACAGGUAUUAUCCAGUUUUGUAAUGUGAAGCAAUUCUUAGAACAAACCUAACAUUGUUUGUGGAAAGACGUCAGCAUUUAAAGCCAGUGCCAUUUUCAAACAUUCAUAUAUUAUAAACUGCCUUAUGCAUUUUCAGUUUUAUGUUUUUAGCAUUUUUCAUUAAGGUAUAACAACAUUCAUUGUAAUUUCGUUUGUCAUCAAAGUUUAAACAUGUUUUUGUGUUUUUAGCAUCGAUUUUAUGUUGUGGAUUAUUUGUUUGAAGGUUGUUUUAUUUUGCAUUAGUUGACCAUCAGUUGUUCUUGCCCACAAAUAAAGUGUAAAGUAUUA